GGGUGACGUCACUACCAGCAACCAAAAGCACGCUUUUUCCGUUCCUGGCCUAACCUUAGUAUAUUAAAGAACCUUGGCAAAUAACUAACAACUAACAUGUGGUGUUUGGAAUUAAGUAUAUGCUGAUUUUCCUUUUUUUCUCGUAUAUGUGCUAAAAUAAUUAUGUUCUUCCUUAGUCAGCAAUCAGUCAGGUUAGCUAUUCAUAGCCUUGUUACAUCCAGUAUUAGAAACAUCCAUCUAGAGACACAUCCAUUAUGCUUUAAAUGUACUCCACUUCUUAGUGCUGAACCUUUGAAAAAGAAGAAAAGAAUUGAUCCUCAGGUGCUGCGAGAAAGAGCUGAGAAAAAAAUUAAAAGAUUACAGAGAGAUAUAAGAAAGUUGGAGAGAGGCAGUAAACAGUUGAAACCAAUUGCUGAACUUGAAGUUCCUAGGAAAAUUUUAAGAGAUCCGUAUGUAAAUUUUAUUUCUGCAGUUCAUAUAAUCAUAAAAUUUAGUUAUUGA